AUGUCUAGUCUGGCUGGUGCUUUGGAUGGCUAUUCGACAUCAACUUCUUAUCAUGCCUAUAAGGGUGCGGAUGACAUUGACAUGCCUGGCGAAAACCAGUCAAGUUCAGCAAAUGACGAUCCAGAGGACAGUCAAGACCAGGAUGAAGAAAUGACCGAUCUCUUUGGUAAUGACAACGAUGUCGAAGAGCUGAAAGCGGAGAGGGUCGCUGCUUCACCCACCGCCUCUGGUCCUGAUUCCGAAAGGUUACCUUCACCUGAACGAGAGCGUCGCCAGGCUUUGGAAUACGAAGAAGAGGAUGUACCCCAGGAAAUUGCCGUCGAGGUUAAAGAGGCGGAAGUCUCAUUCCCGAACCUCCCGGUUCCAAGGUCAUCCGAUGGUGAUAAUUGGGUCAUUCGAAUGCCAAACUUCGUCAAGGUUGACUCGAAACCUUUCCAUCCUGAUACAUACAUUGGCCCUGAACAGGACGAUGAAGAAACCCAACAUAUUGAUAGCACGAGGGAACGGAGUAUGACUAUCAAACUGAAGGUUGAAAACAUGCAAAGACAGUCAAAUAGUCGAAUCAUCCAGUGGUCGGACGGCUCUCUAAGUCUCCGAUUAGGUAAAGAGCUUUUUGACAUAAAACAGGAUAGAGACACAUCAGCCGGUGUUGCACGUCAAUAUAUCGGUGCUGCAUCGCAGCAAUCUCAAUCCUCAUCCCAGCUUCCCCAAUCUCAGUCUCAACCGCCUGCUGCUAAGGGCCUGACGUACCUUGUCGCGCAACACAAGCGCUCUCAGGUACUACAAUCUGAGGCCGUAAUAUCGGGAUACAUGAGUCUUCGACCUACAGGCAUGCAGUCUGAAACCCAUCGAAUGUUGGUGCGCGCUGUAGGACAGAAGCACAGCAGGGUUGCGCGACUCCGUAUGGCUCCCGAGCCGACGGUGGAUCCAGAACGCGAAAAGAUGGAGCUCAUGAAACUGAGCGCAAAGAAAUCGAGGAAAAAGAGCGAGCAAGAUGAGGCUCUCGGCGGGGGGAGGAAAAGGCGUUACUCAAGGAGAACUGCCGAGCAUGACGUGUGGAGUGACGACGACGAGGAAAUAUUCCCAGGAUCCGAGGAAGAGGAGGAGGAUGGCGCCGGACAAAACUCUGCGCGCAAACCAAAGCGUAAGACACCUGGGGAAGAAAAGAAGGGUCCCGAGGAUUACCAAGAAGAUGACUUUGUUGUGGCAGAUUCCUCAGAUGAAGAGGCCGGCACACUGAGGAAACGAGCGAGAGAGGGUAGUGAGAUGGAGGAAGAUCCGCUGGAUAGAAUUGAUGCCAAAAUCAAGGAGCAAGAAGACGCAAAGAAGCGGCGGCGAGUGUCCGGGGAGAAGGAAGGGGGAGGUGAUGGUGACGAAACAGACGAAGAAAAAGUGGACGCAAUGGAUGUGGAAAGCGAGGAGGAGGAGGAAGAGGAAGAGUUCAAGGUGCGCCGCCCGGGAGGCACUCGCAAACGCGCUGCCGUCAACUUCGACGAUGAAGAGGAAGAAGGGUAGCAGGUGUUGUCGCUGUUUGUAGAUUACCACGUUCGCCUCUAUAUCAUCAGUUUCUGGCUUG